UGCUGGGGCGGGGGGCGGGGUGUUGGGAGUGUGUGGGGUGGGGGUUGGUUCUGUCGGGUGUCAACAGGGCUUGUAGGGUUAGUUAAGGAGGCAUCUGUCUUCCUUCUCUCCUGGGCUGGUGCAGGUGGUCUACUGUCCCCCUCGCUCCGAGUACACAAACGACCCGCACUCCGGAAGAGGCCGCGGGAGGGGGACGACUUCUCGCGGACACUGUCCCGGGCGCUCUGUGCAGGCGCCUCUCCCCGGAGCUGCCGCAGCGUGGCGCUCGGACCCCUGCGCGCCAUGGAGCCCACCGGGUCACAGUUGGGUCUCGCCCUGCUGGUCCUGAUCCUGCUGCCGGGCUGUCCCGGGGCAGAGGAUUCUGUUUGCAAUCGGGAGAAUGCGCCUUCUCUUUGCUAUACAUUCAAUGUCUCUGCCAGUGGACCAUCAUGGUGUGUGGUUCGAGGCAAGAUCAAUGGGACCCCAUUUUUAAAAUAUACGAGUAGAAAUCUGAAGGCCAAACCCAUCGGUCCCCUGGGGAUGAGGUUGAGUACCACACAGGCCUGGAAUCAACAGGGUGAACAUUGGAAGGACCUGGUGGAAGAGCUCCGCAAGGCACUGCUGGACAAUAAAGAAAAUAUUUAUGAAGACUUUAAUUCUCUCUCCCUGCAGGGCAGCAUGAUGUGUCAGCGGAAAUUCAGUGCACACCCCAGGGCAUCCUGGGAGUUUGGGGUCAAUGGACACAGAUGUCUCCACUUUGACUCGAAGAACAGACGCUGGACAGAGUUGCAUCCUGGAUGUAGAUUGUUAAAGGAGACACUGGACAGUGACAGAGAUGUGACCAAUCUCCUUGUUGGGAUCUCACGUGGAGAUUGUGCGAAGUUGCUUCAUCAGAGCACAGUUCUGGACAGAAAAGAAGACACUGCUCAGGAGCUCCUGCGAGUGUGGUCUAGUCCCACACGUGUCCCUUCUCAUCGGCUGCGUUUCCAUCAUCCCCGGGUGCUCAGCAGAAGGCCUCCAGGAGCUGCGAUCUUUACAGGCGUCAGAAGAUCGUGAUGGUACAGCGGAUGCCACAGUCACAUCCUCUGCUCCAUGGAAGUGACAUGGAAUUAAUUUGCUUAUUAACUUGUUAUCAUGCCAUAUGGUGUCUGGGAUAAUAGAAUGGAUACAGUGUGGUAUGUGUACAAAUGGAACACUAUAUAAAAAUAAAUAAGUAAUAAAGUGCUACACAA